GCAUCAUGCUCGAUCUACCUGCAUAUCUCCGUGACCGGAUCCAAUACCUCCAUCUAUUAUUGAUCGGACGAAUAGCAGGGCGGUAAAGUGUUACGACUGAGAGCUCCAGCCAUGCUUCUCCCGCUCGAAGUAUCAUGGCGCUUCGUAUUUCAGCUCUCAGUGUUCUGCUUGCAUGCUGAACUUCCAAGAUUUCAGUUUUUUUGCGCCCGCUCAAAUGGCUGUCAGCCUCUUACCUACAUGUGGGUUUGCAGACGAUGUCAAUGAGGCUCAGAUAGCCCGCAUUCGUUGCUCCCAAUAGGACUCACUGUCCACACAUCUCAAACUCUUCUAUGAACAAACAACCAGUUCUACGUUUCUGUAUUCGCAACUACACUGCGCAAGAGCUGUGGUGCAACUCCUCAGCAACAUCGUAUGCCUCCUGUCAAGCUUUCAGCCAUAGCAACUGGAAUGGGACCAGCUCGAAAGGCCCCGCCACCGUCUACCCCAUCAAUAUACCUCGAACGCACCCUUCUAGUUAGCGUUGACAGUGGUCUCGCAGAUCUCGAAGCCACAGCCGACGCGAACUGCGACGGACAGGGGUGUUGUGGAUGGUCAAGGCUUGGUAAAGGACGACAGACUCACAAUAAUGUGCUAGUUCCCUGCACCAUCUCCGGCGUUAACGUGGUUGGGAAGAUGGCGACUGUAGCAUCUCCCCUAGCAGUACUUUACCCUUUCGGAAGCAGUUUGCAGUUUUCUCUGCCUCUAGUGGAUCGUCAGGUGGGCAACUGUCACGACUGCCAAUUACCAGAUCAUAUAUACAUCCAGCUUACCCAGAUCACUGGAGAUCAACUCGAUCCAAUAGCAUACUAUUCACCACCACCCAUCCUGACUUGUACUCUUGCAGUGCAUCAACAGCCCCAGCAUUUGAGAAGAUGGAGCCUCGCCUCUUCACAAGAUAUUACCGUUGAACACUACACCUAGCAGACAUUUGGACGACUUAAGCGGAUACUUAUCGUCAAUUUUCUUAUCCUCCACAGAACCUGAGUCUCUGGCUG